AUGUUAGUUUUUGAGGACCACAUUGUCCACAAGGACGAGAGCGGCUCGUACCUUCUCUACAUAGACCGCCACUUGGUGCACGAGGUGACCUCACCCCAAGCGUUUGAAGGGCUCAAGAACGCCAACAGAAAAGUCAGAAGAACUGACUGUACUUUGGCCACCGUCGACCACAACAUUCCCACCGUUCCCAGAACAAAUUUCAAAAAUGUCGAAACUUUCGUGGAGCAGGAGGACUCCAAACUUCAGGUGAUGACACUUGAGCAGAACGUCAAGGACUUCGGCGUAACUUACUUUGGCAUGACUGACGACCGCCAGGGAAUCGUCCAUGUCAUUGGCCCAGAGCAAGGCUUCACACUUCCAGGUACAACAAUGGUUUGUGGUGACUCCCACACAUCGACCCACGGAGCGUUUGGCGCUUUGGCGUUCGGUAUCGGUACCUCUGAAGUGGAGCACGUUUUGGCUACCCAAACAAUUAUCCAGGCCAAGUCGAAGAACAUGAGAAUCAGCGUGAAUGGUGACUUAGCUCCAGGCAUCACUUCCAAGGAUCUCGUCUUGCACGUUAUUGGUGUCAUUGGCACUGCUGGUGGUACUGGGUGUGUGAUUGAGUUUGCUGGCUCUGCCAUUGAGGCUCUUUCCAUGGAAGCUCGUAUGUCCAUCUGUAACAUGUCCAUUGAGGCUGGUGCUCGUGCGGGUAUGAUCAAGCCCGACGAGAUUACCUUCAACUACCUUAAAGGCAGACCUUUGGCUCCCAAGGGUGCUGAAUGGGAUAAGGCUGUCAAGUACUGGAGCACCUUGCACAGCGAUGAAGGUGCUCAUUUCGACUACGACAUCAACAUCAACGCCGCCGAUAUUGUGCCCACCAUCACGUGGGGUAACUCCCCUCAGGAUGCUUUGCCCAUCACCGCCAAGGUUCCUGAUCCUGCCAACGUCCUGGAUCCAAUCAAGAAAGCUGGUAUGGAAAGAGCUCUUGCGUACCAGGGCCUCACGCCGAACACGCCUCUCCAAGAAAUCACUAUUGACAAGGCGUUCAUUGGCUCAUGCACUAAUUCUAGAAUUGAAGACUUGAGAAAUGCUGCUAAAGUUUGUAAGGGUUACAAGAAAGCUGACACCGUCAAGGAGGUGCUCGUUGUACCAGGAUCUGGUCUUGUUAAGCGCCAAGCAGAGAAGGAAGGUCUCGAUAAGAUCUUUGAGGCUGCUGGUUUCUCGUGGAGAGAAGCUGGAUGUUCGAUGUGUCUUGGAAUGAACCCAGACAUUCUUGAUCCGGAAGAAAGAUGUGCAUCCACUUCGAACAGGAACUUCGAGGGCCGUCAAGGUGCUAGAUCCAGAACCCAUUUGAUGUCUCCUGCGAUGGCCGCCGCUGCUGCUAUCAAGGGUCAUUUUACAGAUAUUAGAGAAUGGAAGUAUGAUACUUCGGACGAACCAGCCAUGCAGAUUGACUCUUCCGGUCCUGAGGACCAGGAAUUGCAAGAUGCUGUAUACGAGCAUGAGAAACAGCCUCUUGAGUCUUCAUCAUCUCUUGAAGAUGACAGAAUCAACGAUAUUCCUCAGGAACACGAGGCCUCUCUCACCGUGGACGAAGCUGCAACUACGGACGCUCCUGCUGGCAUGGAUAAGUUCACAGUUCUCUCAAGCAUCACGGCACCUUUGGACAAGGCCAAUGUCGACACCGACGCCAUCAUCCCUAAGCAGUUCUUGAAGACCAUCAAGAGAACCGGUCUCAGUAAAGGUCUUUUCUACGAGUUGAGAUUUAUCAAGGACGACCAAGGCAAGGACGUCGAGACCGACUUUGUGUUGAACGUGGAGCCAUACCGCCAAGCGGAGAUUUUGUUGGUCACUGGUGACAACUUUGGCUGUGGUUCAUCUCGUGAGCACGCUCCUUGGGCGUUGAAAGACUUUGGUAUCAAGUGUAUGAUUACCCCAUCCUUUGGUGAUAUCUUCUACAACAACUCGUGCAAGAACGGUUUGUUGCCUAUCAGAUUGCCUCAGGAAGUGAUCAAGGACAAGUUAUACCCCUUGGCUGUUGCUGGCAAGAAGCUCACUAUCGACUUGCCCAAUCAGCAGAUCCUCAAUGGCGAGACCAAUGAGGUUUUGGUUGACCACUUUGACAUCGAGGAGUUCAGAAAACACUGUCUUGUCAACGGUCUCGAUGACAUUGGCUUGACUUUGCAGAAGGAAGAGUACAUCCGCAAGUACGAGGAGAAGAGAAGAGACAAGUUUUCUUUCUUGGAAGGCGGCUCCAAGCGCAUCACGCCAAUCAAAGGCGCAAAAAAGUCCAAGUAUGGCCUUAAGACCCAGGAAUGGUAA